GCCGCGCUCUGAACCCGCGGACCCCUCGCUGCCCGCCGCGCUCCGACGCUGUCCGCCCUCGGCUGCCCCGAAGCCGCCGCUCCCCCGGCUGAAGCCAUGCCCUGCGUUCAGGCUCAGUAUGGGUCCUCGCCUCAAGGAGCCAGCCCGGCCUCCCAGAGCUACAGCUACCACUCCUCGGGAGAGUACAGCUCCGAUUUCCUGACUCCGGAGUUCGUCAAGUUUAGCAUGGACCUCACCAACACCGAGAUCACCGCCACCACUUCUCUCCCCAGCUUCAGCACCUUUAUGGACAACUACAACACGAGCUACGACGUGAAGCCCCCCUGCUUGUACCAAAUGCCCCUGUCGGGACAGCAGUCCUCCAUUAAGGUGGAAGACAUUCAGAUGCACGGCUACCAGCAGCACGGCCACCUGCCGCCGCAGUCCGAGGAGAUGAUGUCCCACUCGGGCUCCGUCUACUACAAGCCCUCGUCGCCCCCGACCCCGUCCACGCCCGGCUUCCAGGUGCAGCACGGCCCCGUGUGGGACGAGCCCGGCUCCCUGCACAACUUCCACCCCAACUACGUGGCCACCACGCACAUGAUCGAGCAGCGCAAGACGCCCGUGUCCCGCCUGUCGCUGUUCUCCUUCAAGCAGUCCCCGCCCGGCACGCCCGUGUCCAGCUGCCAGAUGCGCUUCGAGGGGCCCCUGCACGUGCCCAUGGGCGCCGAGCCCGCGGGGCCGCACCCCGGCGUGGACGGGCAGCCGUUCGCCGUGCCCGGCGGGCUCCGCAAGCAGCCGCCCAUGGCCUUCCCGGGGCUGCCGCUGGGCCCCGCGCCGCAGCUGCUGGACAGCCAGGUGCCCUCGCCGCCGUCCCGCGGCUCGCCCUCCAACGAGGGGCUCUGCGCCGUGUGCGGCGACAACGCGGCCUGCCAGCACUACGGCGUGCGCACCUGCGAGGGCUGCAAGGGCUUCUUCAAGCGCACGGUGCAGAAGAACGCCAAGUACGUGUGUCUGGCCAACAAGAACUGCCCGGUGGACAAGCGCCGCCGCAACCGCUGCCAGUACUGCCGCUUCCAGAAGUGCCUGGCCGUCGGCAUGGUCAAGGAGGUGGUGCGCACAGACAGCCUCAAAGGCCGGCGCGGCCGCUUGCCGUCCAAACCGAAGAGCCCCCAGGAGCCUUCUCCCCCCUCUCCCCCGGUGAGUCUGAUCAGUGCGCUGGUGAGAGCCCAUGUCGACUCCAACCCGGCUAUGACCAGCCUGGACUAUUCCCGGUUCCAGGCUAACCCCGACUACCAGCUGAGCGGUGACGACACCCAGCACAUCCAGCAGUUCUACGAUCUGCUGACCGGCUCCAUGGAGAUCAUCCGAGGGUGGGCGGAAAAAAUCCCCGGCUUCACCGAGCUGCCCAAGACGGACCAGGACCUGCUGUUCGAGUCCGCCUUCCUGGAGCUGUUCGUGCUGCGCCUGGCGUACAGGUCCAACCCCGUGGAGGGGAAGCUGAUCUUCUGCAACGGGGUGGUGCUGCACCGGUUGCAGUGCAUCCGUGGCUUCGGGGAGUGGAUCGAUUCCAUCGUGGAGUUCUCCUCCAACCUGCAGAACAUGAACAUCGACAUCUCUGCCUUCUCGUGCAUCGCUGCCCUGGCCAUGGUGACAGAGAGGCACGGGCUCAAGGAACCCAAGCGGGUGGAAGAGCUUCAGAACAAGAUUGUAAAUUGUCUCAAAGACCACGUGACUUUCAAUAACGGGGGGCUGAAUCGCCCCAACUAUUUGUCCAAACUCUUGGGGAAGCUCCCCGAACUCCGCACGCUUUGCACGCAGGGGCUGCAGCGCAUUUUCUACCUGAAACUGGAGGAUUUGGUGCCACCGCCAGCAAUAAUCGACAAACUUUUCCUGGACACUUUACCUUUCUAAGACUCUUCCCGCACGCUUCCGCUGACCCGAGGAGAAGCUCCACCUGCCCGGAGCUGGUGUGGGCCCAGAGCAGCACCCCUGGGUGCCAGCUCCCACCCGGCCGGUGCUGCCAGCUCCUGCAGGCAGAAGGCGAUGGGCAUUUUGGCUCUGGGCCAUCAUGGAUGCAGCUCAUGGACUACACAAAUACCAUGGUAUAAACUUUUUAUUCUCGGCUUCUAAAUGAGUUUAUGAUUAAGGACUUCUGGUGCAAAGACAAGCCUGCCUGGCGGCGCCGGCUCACGCGGGGCCAAACCCAGCGCCGGGGCGACCCAAAGCCUCACCCUCCUAAAGACUAAAGUUUUCUGCAGCAAAAGAAAGCUGUAAUAUACCCAGACAGACCCCAAACCUUGCGUGGGUGGCGUGGCGUUAAUGAAGGCGAAGGCUUGUAAAUUUAUCAGAUGCGGUUUGGCUUUUUAAAAAAAAAAAGUAAAAUAUUCUUCUGUGCCUAUUUAUGAUGAAAAGUGGAAAAUAAUUCUUAAAAAAAUUAAUCAAAAAUAAAAGCUAAAUGUGUUUGGGAAGAAAAAUAUUAAAAAAAAAAAAGGGAGAAUUAAAAAAAAAAAAAAGGAAAGAAAACCCAAUCUGUCCAUACCAGGGAAGCAUGACGAUUCCAGGGUGACAAUGUUAUAGGCACUUGCUAUUUCAGUAAUGUCUAUAUUCUAUAAAUAGUAUUUCAGACACUAUGUAGUCUGGUAGCUUUUAUAAAGACUGGUAGUUAUCUAAGCUUCAAACAUUUUCUCAAUUGUAAAAUAGGUGGGCACAAGUGUUACCCCCGGAAUCCCCCCCAAAGGGACACAUAGUGUUUGUAAACACCGCCCGACACCCCUUGUUUGUAAGUGUUGUAUGUACUGUUGAUGUUGAUUAAAGAAGAAGUUUAUAUCUUGAUUAUUUUGUUGUCUAAAGCUAAACAGAUCUUGCAUGCAGCAGCUUUUGACUGUUUCCAGAGUGCUUAUACUAUACAUAACUCCCUGGAAAUUACUGAGCACUUUGAAUUCUUGGUUUGUUUUUGUUCCAUUUGUUUUUUUUAUGUCUAAAAAUUGUCGGUUAAUAUAUUAUUUUAUGUUUGAGUAAUAUUUUUAAUAUUGCCAUAUUCUGUAGUAUUUUUCUUUGUAUACCCCGGUUUGGCACACGGGAAAGUCGCUGCCUUUUUUUAAUAUGGUGUACGACAGUUAGAAACGCGGAUUAUUAUUAUGAUUAUAAUUAUUAUAAUUAUUAUUAUUAUUAUUUUUUCUCCCGAGAACUCUUUCUUUGAGAAAGACAAUUUUAAUGUUUACAACAAUAAAACAUGUAAACGAA